AUGGAAAAAGUAAAAGACGGUUGUCGGCAGUUUACUGCUGGUGGAACUGCUGGUUUGGUUGAGGUUUGCAUAAUGCAUCCACUCGAUUUACUCAAAACUCGUUUACAAAUUGGUUCACAUUAUAAAGGUCUUAUCGACUGUAUUUUUCAAACGUUUAGGAAUGAAGGCCCAACUGCUUUUUAUAAGGGAAUAUUACCUCCUUUGUUGGCUGAAACUCCAAAGCGAGCCACGAAAUUUUUUACUUUUGAAGUUUACAAAGAUUUAUUCAAUAAGCCUUCGAUCGAUCCAUCCCUUAGUUUGUCGCUUGCCGGUCUGUGUUGUGGUUUAACUGAAGCUGUUGUUGUUAAUCCAUUUGAACAAAAAAGUAGUGCAGCACUUGCGAGAGAGAUAGUACGAAUCGAUGGAAUAGGUAAAAAGGGUCUUUACUGCGGUUUAACCUCAACACUUGCACGUAAUGGAACGUGGAAUAUGAUUUAUUUUGGUUUAUAUCACAAUAUAAAAUUAUAUGUGCCAGAUGCUGCGGAAAAUCCUAUGACAAAUUUAUUUGGCCGUGUUGCACUUGGUUUCACUGCUGGAACACUUGCGUCUGUUGCGAAUAUUCCAUUCGAUGUGGCUAAAAGUCGAGUUCAAGGUCCACAGCCCGAGCUAGGAAUCCGCAAAUAUCAUGGAUGUUGGCAAAGCAUGAAACUUAUUUAUAAAGAAGAAGGGUAA